AUGGGUGAGUACUUGGGACCAAGCCGCAUCCGCGUCGGCAUCAUGGGCGCCGGUAUCGCCGGCUGCUGUCUCGCUACUGGGCUCCUCGAUAAUCCCCACCUUGAUGUCGAAUUGUUUGAAGAGCAUCCAAACAUUCGUCCACGAGGCUCCGGGCUCGCGUUUCACGGCAAUGCCAUGAGAGCCAUGGACUUCAUAUCGCCGCGUAUCAAGGAGGCGUACUUCAAGAAGUCUCAUUUCAUGGCUAACGAGGAGGAUAUUGAGAUGGCAACCCAGUUUGUCCUUUGUGCGGGUGAACACGCUGGUAAACUGGUAGCAGAGCUAGGACGAGCAAAGGGAAGAAGGACGGUUCAUCGAGCACACUUCAUUCAAGGUCUUCUGGAAGACGUGGCGAUGCCGAGGGUUAAGCUACACUUCAACAAACGGGUGGCAUCUAUUUCAGAGGACCCCGUGACGAACAAAGCCACAGUCUCCUUCGACAACGGCACUUACGAGUCUUUUGAUGUGGUAUUCGGAGCGGAAGGGGUCUUCAGUCCCACCAGAAAGUACAUCCUCGGACCCGAUCAUCCGGCCGCAAACCCCGUCAACCACGACAACUGGCGACAGUUCCACACAACAGUCCCUAUGCAAGAGGCCAAGGCUUGUAUCCCACAGAAAACAACGGAAUCAGUUCUCACUUAUUGCACGCCAUAUGGCUACAUGAUGGGAAUCCCGGUCGACAUGGGACAGACCUACAGCGUCAGCUGCUACCAGAGGGACAGCAAGUGCCCAGAAAAGGGCGCUCCCUUCAAGGCGAGCCUCUGGAAAGGAUUCUUGCCCGAGGUUGAUGCCAUGGUAUCGGUUCUGGAGAAGCACAGCAAAGAGGACUGGAGCUUACAGGAUCAUGACCCUGCGCCAACCUAUUACAAAGGGCGCGUGUGUAUGCUCGGCGAUGCUGCGCAUGCAUGUUUUCCACAUGCUGGAAAUGGAGCUGCACAGGCUAUCGAGGAUUGUGCCAUCCUCACUGGCAUUUUCAAAAGGGUUUCCGCGACUGAAGAGAUUGAGGCAGCCCUGAAAGCGUUCGACGAGAUUCGACGGCCACGAAGUCAACGGAUUGUCAACAUCACCAGAAGCUUCGGUAAAUUGUAUACUCAGGAUCCGGAAGGCUUUGAUCUGGAGGACCUGAGAGCAAAGAUGAGGGAAGGAGGCAUGUACACAAAUGGGGUGGACAUGAGCGCACAAGUUCAGGCCGCGGUGGAUGCUUUCGAGAGCCACAAACAAGAUGGCGGGGCCCCUUUGAAGUAG